UUUACAGGUGACCGAAACAAAAGAAGCGUGACGAGACGAAAUUGACAGACGCUAACUGAGUCAUUAUGUUCGUUUUAAACUCCGCCUCCGUCGAUCUUCUUAGUUAAUCUUAGCUUUGUCGUGUGUGUUAACGAGUGACUGGGUUACUUCAGUUUAUGAUCGUCAGCGUUUGAGGAAGCACGAUUAUUUUAUACUUACAUGGUGUUCAGAAACAAAAAUCUUUGGAACAUGUCAGAAGUUUUUGAUCAUUGAUUAUAUUUACUGCUGAUCCUAAGGAGACAGAUCAGUUGCAGAUGUAAAUGGAUUCUUAUUAUUUGAUUGUUAAUCAAUACGCUUUUGAUUAACAGAAAGAUUGAAUGCUUUGCCUGAAGUGUUGCGAUGCCAGCACGGAUGUGUGAAGUUGACUUGGAUAUGGGUUCGGAAGGGGGAUCUGGGGAGGGGCAGAAGCCUCUCCUUCACUCACACCGCCACAAUCUGAAGAGUCGCUUUGAGCUGCUGAAAACUUUGGGUGAGGGGUCAUACGGGAAAGUGAAGUUAGCAAGGGAUAAAACUACAGGAGAGUCGGUUGCAAUUAAGUACAUAAAAAAGCACAAGAUCAACGAUGAAACUGAAAUCAACAGAAUCCGACGAGAAAUAAAGAUCAUGUCAAAAUUGAAUCAUCCCAACAUCAUCAAUGUCCGUGAAGUGUUUGAGAACAGGGACCGUAUCAUCCUGGUCUUGGACUGUGCCACGGAGGGGGAACUGUAUGAUUACAUCAACAAACGCGGCAAGCUCUCGGAGAAGGAUGCACGAAGGAUCUUCAGACAAAUCGUGGCCGCCUUGAACUACUGUCAUCAGAAUGGAGUCGUUCAUAGAGAUCUGAAGUUGGAGAAUAUUGUGUUGGAUCAGGACGGCAAUGUCAAGAUUGCAGACUUUGGGUUGUCUAAUUUCUACAGUAUGACUAGUCUACUAUCUACCUACUGUGGCAGCCCGCUUUAUGCCUCACCGGAAAUUGUCAAUGGCCAGCCAUACUAUGGUCCAGAGGUGGACUGUUGGAGCCUUGGGGUGGUGCUGUACACACUCGUCUAUGGUGCUAUGCCAUUUGACAGCUCUGAUUUCCAUGUACUCCGAAAACAGAUCUCCAGUGGUGACUAUUACGAGCCCACGCAGCCCUCAGAGGCUGCAGGCUUAAUCCGUCAUUUACUGACCGUGAAUCCAAAGAAACGUGCUAAAAUGUCAGACAUUUUGAACCACUGGUGGGUUAACCUAGGAUGUAGGGAAACCCCCAGUGGUGAGGUAUACCCACUCCCAGAGAUAUGUAAACCUGCCAAACUACGAGCUACCCAAAGUCUGUCUUCAGACAGUGAGGGAGAGUCUGAGCAGGCCAGACUGGUGCAGCCUUUAAAAGGCAUUCUGAAGAAACCCAAAGUGUCAUCAGGGGAUGAAGAGACUGUUGCCAAGCAACCUCUUCAGACCAUAGAUUCAAACAACCAAGUUUUCGAUAGUCCGGACAGUGAAAAAAAAGACACAGAUAAGAAACCUCGCAGUAUUCUGAAACGCAAGGGGAAAUUCAGUGGUGGGGAUAGUGGUUGUGUGUUAAAUGAGACAGGAUCUAAAAGUCCUAGCUCUGACACAAAAGAAAACUCCGAUGUGACAUACAAUCUCAGUGAUAUUGACAAUGUUCUGAGUGCUUUAGAUGGAGAUCAAGAUUCAAGCUCAUCCAUCAAGAGAAAUGCAGCCGCUGAUUUUGUGUACGGUGAUAAUGCUCAAAAUGGGACCGUCGAAUCUGGAACCACGACUGUAAAUGUGGUGCCCCGACGAGGAAUUUUGAAGAAGACGAGCCAGACAGACCAGAAAAAGAGAUGGAGUGCAUGCAGUGUAGGUUCUAAUUCUUCGGCAGACAUUCUGGACUUUUCUUAUGAUAGUGGGGAUGAUGCUUACCAAUUCAACAUACCUGGUUGUCUCUCAGACACCGAAAACAAACUCUCCGAUGUAGAUAAGUUAGAUACACUGGAUAACAAUGAUGAACUAGUCAAUACUUUAAGAGCCAAAGACCAGCACAGUGAAGACACAGCACUCUCUCAGAGGGAGGAGGCAGCCAUUGUCCUAAAACAGGCUUUAAAACUUUGUAACAACAUCUGACUGAUUCUUUUAUAUUUCGAUUUUCGUAAAGGAAAAAGAUUCAUUUCAGAUAUUAUGUUACAAUGUGAAACAUUUUUCUGUCUGUAUUUUAUUUUAUGGUAGCAUUUGUUUCAUAAUUUAUGAUUUUGCCUUGUACUUUUCAAAUAAGCUGAUAAUUAUUUGACCAAUUGACAUUUUAUGCUAAAGGCAAAUUUCCUGGUUUGUCAUAGCUUUAUAUGAUGUAAUCUGCUUUAUUUUUUUGGAACUUGUGUAUGUUGAUGAAAGAAAACAUAUAGGUGACUAGAGUGUUUAUUUCUCAAGUGUACAUUAUUUUCUUUAUUAUGCAUCUGUUCUCUAGUCUGUUAAAUGUAAUGGUAGAAUAUACCUAUAUAGUGUACCACUGUAAAAAAAAAUGCUGAUCUUCACUUCAGCUUUAAUCAUGUAGUGCUGUGUUUUAACUCUGAACUUCAGAGUUAAAAAAAAAGGUUGCAUUUAGCAUGAGGAUUUUGUCUCAUCAAUUUUCCAUGAGCUUUCUGAAUGUCAGAAAUCCAUUUCACUUGAAGUGAUUUUUAAAAAAAAAUCCUUUUUAUUACAUUCUACAUAAUUUUUGAAGCAUGUUUACCUAAGAUGUAAGUAAUUCUAAUGCUGAGAAUUUCGUAAUAGGAAAAAAAAAUUCAUAAAGGAAUGUGUAAAUCUCAAAUCUAAAAGGAUUUGCAGGUGUCAAAUAGAGAGAAUUUUAAUUUAUUUCGUUUCGUGAUAUUGUAUUUCAUUUUGAGAAGGUACACUUAUUUUGAACAGGAGAGUACAUUUUCUCAUUCCAUCCAAUCAUAUGGGGGAAUUAAAAGGACAUAUUUUUUUUUCUUAAAAAGAUUUGUGGAUGUCAGCUCAUAAAAUGAGUAAAGUGUUCCUAGACAUGCAUUGUCCUACUUUGGUGCUCAUUCCAACUGUAAUUUGUUUUUCAUAAUUAAAAGACGUAAAAAUAGCACACGUGGUACAGAGUUAGAAAGGAAAUGUAAUUUGGGUCUGUGACCUUAAAUAUUUUCUGGGUCCCCCUCAGCUGGUCUGGGGGGAGGAGCCCUCUAAUGCUUAUAGCUUUAGGAUAUCCCACAGAUUGAUCUGAUCAGUUGGUUAAUUGUCCACUGAAAUAGUUACAUUGUAACUUGCUGCGUUUUUCAUGUUUAGCAUUUUUUAUAGUGCUCUAAUAAUGAACAAAUGUCGACAAUUAAAAAUUUUGUUCAUUCUUUAGGUUUCUCAUUCUUUGUAUCCAUUUGGUUGCUUGGCAACAUUCAUAUUUUGGGUGUCAUUUUUUUAUAUUCAUGUGUACAUGAAUUCACUGCUUGGAUGUGAAUAUUUAUAUGAUGUUGAGUGCACUUUAGACCAUUUUUUCAUUCAUAUUUUGUCCCAAUUUAUUUAUUUCCAAAGAAAUUCCAUCAUGUGUAAUUUAUUUAUUUUAUCAUUUAUAGUAAAGUACAUGAAAUGAAAUAAAGAUGAUCUAACUGACA